AUCUCGCCGCACGAGGCCUCCAAAGUCAACGCUGGAUUUGUCUCUACAGGAGUAGACCCUUAAUAAGUCAAGAAGGAACUACUUGAAAAGAGAAGAAAAUCAAUAGCAAUGACUUCAUAAAUACUAUAUGUCCUGAAGUUAAUUGUUAAUAAAAGUAUAAACAUUUAUUGAAUAUAAACUAUGCUAUAAAUGAGCUAUUGUCAAAGAUUCUAAACACAGUAUAUUUACAUUUAUAAACAAACAACGAAUAACUUGUGUAGUAUAUUAUAUGCAUCUUAUAUAAGUUAAACAUCAACUACCUCAUGGAUAUCCAACUGUAAUUUUAAGAUUGCAGUUACAUGUAUAUAGAUUGAAUAAACAUUCAAGAUGGAUCAGAUGCUUCCUAGUCCAGGUUUUAGCAUACCCAGUAUUGGUACACCUCUGCAUCAGCCAGAAGAGGAUCAACAAAUCCUUCCUAAUGCUUUGCAGCAACAACAACAAUCGCAACAAUAUCAACUACAACAGUUACAUUCGAUGAGUCCUAACAUGCAGAGCAGUAUGCUGAUGAUAACACCGCAGAAAACUAUGCAUACCUAUGCACCAACUCCAACAUUUGCAACACCUCAGAGUCUCAUGCAACCACAAACACCACAAAAUAUGAUGUCUCCAAUAGUACCACAAAAUAGUCAAAUCGCACCAGCAUCAAUAGGUCCUUCAACUCCAGGACCAAUGACACCAAUGACACCAGCUUCAGCUGACCCUGGAAUAUUGCCACAAUUACAGAAUAUCGUAUCUACUGUUAAUUUAAAUUGUAAACUUGACUUGAAGAAAAUAGCACUUCAUGCUAGGAACGCUGAAUACAACCCAAAAAGAUUUGCAGCUGUCAUUAUGCGAAUAAGAGAACCCAGAACUACUGCACUAAUAUUUAGUAGUGGUAAAAUGGUUUGUACUGGUGCAAAAAGUGAAGCAGAUUCGCGUCUUGCAGCUAGAAAGUAUGCCAGAAUUAUACAGAAACUAGGUUUUCCUGCAAAGUUUUUAGACUUUAAGAUCCAGAAUAUGGUCGGUAGCUGUGACGUUAAGUUUCCAAUUAGAUUAGAGGGUUUAGUGCUUUCUCAUGGGCAAUUCUCAUCAUAUGAACCAGAAUUAUUUCCUGGAUUGAUAUAUAGAAUGGUGAAACCUCGGAUUGUAUUACUCAUAUUUGUUUCAGGAAAAGUAGUAUUGACAGGUGCAAAGGUUCGAAAGGAAAUUUAUGAAGCCUUUGACAACAUUUAUCCAAUCCUGAAAAGCUUUAAAAAACAGUGAUAUUUAUAUAAAAUUUA